AUGAAUGAUGACAUGAUCCUGGGAAUAGAUUUUCUGGAAGCCAACCACAGGAUCAUCAACAUUAAGAAGGGAGUGCUGUUUCUCGAGGGCAGGAAAUUUCCUAUAAAGUUGAUAUCCGAACCACCUGAAGGGCAACAACGCUCUGACAACCGGAUACGGAGGACAACAUGUGUACCGCCUAUCACUAUUGCAAAGGUAUCAGUUAAACUAGAUAAACCAUUAUCGAGUGACUUUGUUGCUUUCCCUUUACAUCUAAAAUGUAAUGUUCUUGGAUCUCAUACCCUACUGAAGGGCUUGAGUAUGGAACAGCAGGAAAUGUUCAGGCAGCAUCAACAGCGGCUUUUGGCGAAUGGUAUGACCAUUGAUAGACCCUUUGAUAUAGCAGGGAACCCCGUCAUGGCCAGAAUUGUUGACAGUCAUUUCCACCUCGACCAAAUCCUGCGCAGGACCAACUUCAAGACCUGGUUUGAACUAGAGCAGCAGUUCGGUGGAAGGGUUCAGGUGCUACAUGCCGUAGCUAACUAUGUCUUUCCCCGUCAAUGGGAAUCUUGGCAGGUACACGUAUUGGAUGACGAAAACAUAUCAGUCUCCUUUGGUAUCCACCCACAUGUUGCUGACCUGGCAGGGCAGUACCUUGACAGACUCAUGGACUUGGUAACACAUCAUCGUUGUGUAGCCGUUGGGGAGGUUGGCAUCGAUCUCACCACCAAUUGCAGAUGCAACCCCUGUGUGAGGCUAGAGGCAAGAAAGGAGCGUUUUUUGCAUACCCAGCAGGAGUUUCUAGCAGAUGCCCUUAAUAUGGCAAGAGAUGUCGAUAAGCACGUCAUUCUGCACUGCAGGGAUGAUGGAUCCGGUGAGGCAGCCAAACGCACCUUGGUCAUGAUCCGGAUGAUGGACAUGACACACCAUACUUUCCAUCGACAUUGCUUCACAGGUUCUGUGUAG